AUACAAUAUAAUCCUAGACUUUUCUAUAUAAUCAAAAACCCAGAACCCAUUUGAUCCUAGCUACCUCAAAAUACCAUCAAAAUUCAAUCUUUGUCAAAAAUCUAGCAUCGUCUCCAUUCUCCUCACAAAACCCAUAUCCCACUUGCCUCUGAACCCAUCAGCCCAGAUCCCAGUUUCUUCAGCAAAAACCAAUCUUUCAAAAAAAAUCCAAUCUCAGCGCUCUCUUAUUGACAAAACCCAGAUCCUGGUUUCUCCAAAAUGAAGAAAUCUCAUCAGAUUCCUCCUCCUUCUUCAUCCAAGCCAGCCUCUGUUCUCCCCCACAAAACCCCAAACCUCAGAGACCACUACAGGAUUGGCAAAAAGCUUGGCCAAGGUCAAUUUGGCACUACGUACCUUUGUGUAGACAAAUCAGACUUCAAAGAGUACGCUUGCAAGUCAAUCCCAAAACGCAAGCUCAUUUGUAGAGAAGAUUAUGAGGAUGUUUGGCGUGAGAUCCAGAUCAUGCAUCAUCUCUCAGAGCACCCAAAUGUUGUCAGGAUCAAGGGGACUUAUGAGGAUGCAUUGUUUGUUCAUUUGGUGAUGGAGCUUUGUGCCGGUGGAGAGCUAUUUGAUAGGAUUAUACAGAAGGGGCAUUAUACUGAGAGGAAAGCUGCACAUUUGAUUAAGACUAUAGUUGGAGUGGUGGAGGCUUGUCAUUCUCUUGGGGUGAUGCAUAGGGAUCUUAAGCCGGAGAAUUUCUUGUUUGCGAAUACUGAUGAGGAUGCUCCCCUUAAGGCUACUGAUUUCGGGUUGUCGGUUUUUUACAAGCCUGGUGAUAUAUUCUGUGAUGUAGUCGGGAGUCCCUAUUAUGUUGCACCUGAGGUCUUACGUAAGUAUUAUGGUCCAGAAGCAGAUGUAUGGAGUGCUGGAGUCAUCUUGUAUAUCUUAUUGAGUGGUGUUCCACCUUUUUGGGCAGAAUCUGAAGCAGGGAUCUUCAGACAAAUUUUACAAGGUCCUUUGGAUUUUGAAUCGGAACCAUGGCCCCUUAUUUCGGAUAGUGCUAAAGAGCUCAUACGCAAUAUGCUAAAUCGUGAUCCAAAGAAAAGAUAUACAGCUCAUCAAGUUCUUUGUCACCCAUGGAUUGUUGAUGCUGGAGUGGCCCCAGACAAACCUUUGGAUUCUGCUGUUUUGUCACGCCUGAAACAGUUCUCAGCAAUGAACAAACUAAAGAAGAUGGCUUUGCGGGUUAUAGCAGAAAGGUUAUCAGAAGAAGAGAUAGGGGGCCUAAAGAGACUGUUCAAAAUGAUUGACACAGACAACAGCGGAACAAUAACAUAUGAUGAACUAAAAGAGGGCUUGAAAAAAGUGGGCUCAGACCUCAUGGAGUCUGAGAUCCAAGCUCUUAUGGAUGCGGCUGAUAUAGACAACAAUGGCACCAUAGAUUAUGGUGAAUUUCUUGCUGCCACAGUGCACAUGAAUAAAUUGGAGAGAGAGGAGAACUUGAUAAAUGCUUUCUCCUUCUUUGACAAAGACGGUAGUGGUUACAUUACAAUUGAUGAACUCUCUCAAGCAUGCAAAGACUUUGGCCUUGGUGAUGUUCAUCUUGAUGAAAUGAUCAAAGAAAUCGACCAGAACAAUGAUGGGCAAAUAGACUACAGUGAGUUCGCAGCUAUGAUGAGAAAGGGAACUGCAGGCAAUGGAGCAGUAGGAAGAAGAACGAUGAGAAACAGUUUAAAUGUCAAUUUAGGCGAUGUCUUCAGAGCUGCAGAGCGCGGUAACUUGGAGGAAGCCAUGUAAUAGGAAUUCUUAAUGCUGAUACUGUUCAGAAGAGUUUUGGAAUUCGGGUAAUGAGCCAUAUGUAACUAAUUUGUAUUAGCUGCUUAAAUGAACUGAUGUUAGCUAGAUGAUGGAUGCUUAAAAAAACUAUAUUUGACAAUUAUUUGAAAUUAUCUGCUGGAUUUGUGGAAU